AUGGAAACAGAAGGCAACUGCACACAACUUACAAGUUUUGUCUUGGUGGGUUUCACGACAGACCCGAUUCUGCGGAUCACUUUCUUUCUGCUCUUCCUCAUCUCAUACACUCUAACGCUGACUGGCAACCUAGGCCUGAUAACACUGAUCUACCUAGACUCCUGCUUGCACACACCCAUGUAUUUCUUUGUGGCCAAUCUUUCCUUUCUGGAUGUCUGGUACACUUCAGUCUACACUCCCCGCAUCCUGUCAGACUGUAUAUCUGAGAACAAGGUAAUAUCCCUCGCAGGCUGCACUGCCCAAUUCUUCUUCUCUGCAGGCUUGGCCUACAGUGAAUGCUUCCUGCUAGCCAUCAUGGCCUAUGACCGCUAUGUGGCCAUCUGCAACCCACUCCUCUAUGCCACUGCCAUGUCCAAGAAACUCUGCAUCCAGAUGGUCAUUGGCUCUUACAUAGGUGGCUUUGCCAAUGCCAUUGUCCAUACGGGUAACACCUUCCGCUUACGUUUUUGUGGGAACAACGUGAUCAACCACUAUUUCUGUGAUGCACCACCACUCAUGAACAUGGCCUGUGAGGACACCCAGGUCUAUACACUCAUCCUGGCCACUGUCAUUGGUUGCAAUGUGUUAGCAACCACUGGUCUCACACUGGGCUGUUACAUGGGCAUUGUGGCAGCCAUUUUACGCAUUCGCUCAGCUGCUGGACGAUUCAAGGCCUUCUCCACUUGUUCAGCCCACCUUGUCUCUGUUUCCCUCUUCUAUGGCUCCAUACUCUUAAUGUAUUCCCGACCCAGCUCCCAACACACCCCGAACUGGGACAAGGCAAAUGCCUUGUUCUACACUGUCAUCAAUCCUCUAGUUAACCCUUUGAUAUACAGCAUGCGCAACAAAGAUGUGAAAAAAGGUUUCUGGAAAGUACUAGGGAGAUUCAUAGCAUCAAACUGA